AUGAAUAUAGUGUUGGAGUUCUUCGUGGUCACUUUUAAGGUCCUGUGGGCCUUCGUGGUGGCCGGAGCCAAGUGGCUGGUGCGCCCCAAGGAGAAGAGUGUGGCUGGCCAGGUGUGUCUGAUCACCGGGGCUGGCAGCGGGCUCGGCCGCCUGUUCGCUCUGGAGUUCGCAAGGCGCCGAGCUCAGCUCGUACUGUGGGACAUCAACACGGAGAGCAACGAGGAGACGGCGGGCAUGGUGCGCCAGAUCUACCGGGAGCUGGAAGCCGAGGACGCCCUGCGGGCGGGCAAUCCUGUUGAGGAAGAGGUGCUGCCGUGCUCCAAUCUCCAGGUUUAUACAUACACUUGUGAUGUAGGCAAGCGAGAGAACGUCUACACGACCGCUGAAAAGGUCCGACGGGAAGUAGGAGAUGUCUUUCUGCUGCUCAAUAAUGCCGGUGUGGUCUCAGGACAUCAUCUCCUUGAGUGUCCAGAUGAACUGAUUGAAAGGACUAUGAUGGUUAAUUGCCAUGCACACUUCUGGACUGCAAAGGCAUUUCUUCCUAAAAUGAUGGACAUGAACCAUGGGCACAUUGUAACCGUGGCCAGUUCGCUGGGGUUAUUUAGCACCGCAGGUGUAGAGGAUUACUGCGCUAGCAAGUUCGGCGCUGUGGGUUUCCACGAGUCUCUCAGCCAUGAACUGAAAGCUGCAGACAAAGAUGGGAUUAAAACUACUUUGGUUUGUCCCUAUCUGGUGGACACAGGCAUGUUUCGGGGUUGCAGAAUCAGGAAAGAAAUUGAGCCUUUCCUCCCCCCCCUGAAACCAGAUUACUGUGUGAAGCAAGCCAUGAGAGCCAUCCUUACAGACCAGCCGAUGAUCUGUACGCCUCGUCUCAUGUACAUUGUGACCUGUAUGAAAAGCAUCCUGCCGUUUGAAGCAGUGGUCUGUAUGUACCGGUUCCUGGGAGCAGACAAGUGCAUGUACCCCUUCAUUGCUCAGCGGAAACAAGCCACAAAUAACAAUGAAGCUAAAAACGGAAUUUAAUUUUCCUUCAUCAUUUAGUGUAACUUUUUUUGUCUCGUGAUUAGACUGAUCUUUAUUGUUGAACAUUCAACACAUUUAAAGACUGAUUUGGUAAAGGCACUUGUGCAACAGAUUUACAUAUGGGACUUCUUUUUUUUUUUUUUUUUCCCCCCUACACUACGACUCGACUUAUCCUUGAACUCGUGGCUGGACUCUGAAUUCAUACGUGGUUUCCCCAAUUUUUGUUUCACACACUGUAAAUUUAGCAAGAACAUUUGAAAAUGUGACCAACUAAAGGCAAACGAUAAGCUUAAAUGUAGCAAUAAACUUUCUGUAGAGCUACUGUAAAACAGUAAAAGCAGUUUCUACAAAUACACUGUUACAUUAGCUUGUUUUAAAGAAAUGAUUAAUAAAACUGCAGAUAUAAAACCUAAAUCACAUUAAGAUGUCUGUAU